AUGGUCCAAACCUACCUCAGGCACGGGCCUACAGAGGCAUUCGGGCUCGUCUGCAGCUCGUCGUCCAACUCACAAUAUGACGGCAAACUCGCCUAUGUCCCUGCACUCGAGGAUGUUCUGGUCUGGGAUGUCAAGAAAGGUCAAAUGCUGGCUAUGUGGCACGAGACUGGACAUCGUGCAGAGGUGACCUGCAUCCUGCGUUCCCCGCAGAAGGAUAUUUUUGCUGUGGGCUACGCUGACGGUUCUAUCCGUCUGUGGAGUGCCUCUGAGGGGUCUGUUAUUGCCACAUUCAAUGGACACAAGAAGGCGGUAACUGCCCUGGCGUUUGACGAAGCAGGAGCGAGGCUGGCGUCUGGUUCGCAAGACACGGACUUGAUUCUAUGGGACGUCGUCGGCGAAGCAGGUCUGUUCCGGUUGCGCGGACACCGCGACCAAAUCACCGCCGUACAUUUCAUCACACCCUAUGCAUCUGGAGUCCCGUCCACGUCUAGCGGAGCAGCUCCCAGCUAUUUGCUCACCUCAGCCAAGGACACAUUCCUCAAGCUCUGGGAUCUUUCCACGCAACAUUGCAUCCAGACCAUUGUCGCUCACCGCUCCGAGAUCUGGACGUUCGACGUAGACAGCAAGCACGAACUUGUCUUUACCGGUAGUGGUGAGGGCGAGCUCAAGGCCUGGCGGAUCGAUCAUGAGGCACUCGCCCAGGGCCUGCGAGAAACGGAGUCCGGCGAGGUUGCGAAGCUUAUACAUCCCGUCGCUGCUCUACCGCUUGCCUCUAAUCAUCGUGUAUCUCAAAUCACAUUCCAUCCAACGCGUCCAUACCUCGCCGUGCAAUCACACGACCGAACCGUCGAGCUGUUCCGGAUUCGCACUGAGGACGAGGUGCGCAAAAAGCAAGCGCGUCGGCGCAAACGGAUGAAGGAGAAGAAGGAGCAAGGGAGGGCCAAGGCCAAAGACGGCAAAAAAGACCAGGAGCACGAGCCUGAGGCCGACGACAACGCCAUGGACGUCGACGAACCGGCGGCCCAGCUCGUUGACCUGUUCACGCCGUACCUUGUCGUGCGCGGGAGCGGUAAGAUCCGGUCAUUCGACUUUGGCGACGAGGAGGCCAGCGGCAAGGGCGCGACGCAGGUGUUCUUGGCGCUGUCCUCGAACGCGCUCGAGGUGUACAACGUGCCCCCUCCUGCGAAGACAAAGGAUGUACUCCCGGAGACCACGCGAAUAUUCUCUGUGGACCUUCCUGGUCACAGGACGGAUGUUCGUACGCUGUGUCUAAGUUCGGACGACACGCUUCUAGCGUCGGGGUCGAGUGGCUCUCUCAAAAUCUGGAAUAUGAAGACUACGGCUUGCAUACGAACGCUGGAAUGUGGACACGCGAUCUGCAGCACCUUCUUGCCAGGCGACCGUCAGAUAGCAGUCGGCACAAAAUCGGGGGAGAUACUUAUAUACGAUGUCGCGUCAUCAUCGCUCCUCGAUACGAUCAAAGCGCACACAUCGACGGUUUGGAGCAUUCACGUCCGUGCGGACGGGCAGGCGCUCGUCAGCGGUAGCGCAGACAAGGACGUUAAAUUCUGGGAGUUCGAACAGAAGCUCCCGCGCAGUGGGCGGCUGCUCUCGCUGGUCCAUGUGCGUACGCUAAAAAUGACCGACGACGUGCUCUCGGUUCGGUAUAGUCCCAAUGGGAAGUUCUUGGCCGUCGCACUCCUCGACUCAACGGUCAAGGUGUUCUACCAAGACUCCCUGAAGUUCUUCCUCUCUUUGUACGGUCACAAGCUUCCGGUGCUCUCGAUGGACAUCUCGGCCGACUCCAAGCUCAUCGUGACCUGCUCUGCGGACAAGAACGUAAAGAUAUGGGGCCUCGACUUCGGCGACUGCCACCGCUCGAUCUUCGCGCAUGACGAGAGUGUGAUGCAGGUUGCCUUUGAGAAUUACGACGUGCGGGACCUUGACGCCAAGCCUUCGCAUUACUUCUGGACAGUGGGCAAAGAUAAGAUGGUCAAGUACUGGGACGGCGACAAGUUCGAGAACAUUCAAAAACUCGAAGGUCACCACGGCGAAGUCUGGGCGCUGGCCGUGAGCAACACGGGCAAGUUUGUAGUCACCGGCUCUCACGACAAAUCGAUUCGUGUCUGGGAGAAGCUCGAUGAGCCUCUAUUUCUCGAGGAAGAGCGCGAGCGCGAACUUGAGAACAUCUACGAAUCCGGCAUUGCUGAGUCACUCAACCGCACUGACGCGCCUAUGGGUAGCGGGGCAGACGACGCGGACCCGGACGCGGCGCCCGGAUUGGAGGUCGCCUCCGUCUCGAAGCAGACCACUGAGACGCUCAUGGCGGGCGAGAAGAUUAUGGAGGCGCUCGAGCUCGCCGACGCGGAGAUCGCUGCCUUCCGCGAGUACGAGGAGGCCAAGGCGCAGGGUGGGUUGUCCGAACAGGUCGCCCCGCCCCCGCGCAAUCCUGUGCUUGCGGCGUAUGACGUCGAGCCGGAGGAGUAUGUACUGCGCGUAGUCGAGCGCAUCCCGGGGACCGCGUUAUAUGACGCGCUACUGGUGUUGCCGUUCGGAAAGGUGGUCAGCCUGAUGCAGUAUCUCAAUUUAUGGGCGCAGAAAGACUGGAACAUCAUUCUCACAUCUCGCAUCAUUUUCUUCCUCCUAAAAACCCAUUAUCACCAGAUUGUCGCAAACCGCAUCAUGCGCACCGCCCUGAUCCCGUUGCGCAAACACCUGCGAGAAUCGCUGCGCAAGCAGAAGGAUACGAUUAGCUACAAUCUUGCUGCACUGAAGUACAUCAAGCGGCAAAAUGACGCUCAGCGGAUCGCGGAGUUUUACGAAGAGGAAGGCAUGGACGAAGAAAAGAUCAGGGAGCGCAUAGCGGAGGGGAAAAAACGAAAGCGCAUCACCAUCAAAGCCUAA